AUGACUUCCAAAGUCGGCAUCGGCCUCUUGAGAUGGCUUCUCGUCCUCACGUCGUUGACCCUCUUCUUCCCUUGUGGCUUAUCUCUGCACUUGUCUUUGCACGCAGAACCCAGGUCCGCCUCCAGCCUCCUUGCCCUACGAGAUGUUCCUGUCAACACCACCAGAUCACCGCAUGCGCCUCCUCGUCUGCGGAAUGCCACAGCCGCCGACCUUGAGACCGCCCGUGCCGUUGUCAAGGGUGCCUUGAGUGAGGCUGCCGUACGCAACAAGGCCCGUCUUGAUCAUCCCUCGCGGAACAGAUACACCCUCAGACCCGGCACCCAGCUCGGUGGAGCAUUUCCAGCUACGCGCUUCACGUCCUCAUCCAACGAGACUGCAUCAGAAGAGCCCCCGCCUCUACUCGAGAUUACCCCAGAAAUCGCCGAUGCUGCUGCCCUGCUGGCUGAAGCUGACGCGGAUGCUAGCGUGAACCGCUCGGCUCCGACGCCCACGGUCCGCAAGCGGGCUGGGUAUUGGAUGGAAGACAUCAGUCGCAAGGGGAGUUGGCCCUUCAAGAAGGAUGAUAGCUACCGGGUCCUCCGGAAUGUCAAGGACUUUGGUGCUGUUGGGGACGGCGUGACAGAGGAUACGGCAGCCAUCCGAAGCGCCAUCAACUCUACUCGCAGCCGUAGAUGCGCAGAAGGCUGCAAUGGCUCAACUCUGCACAACACUGUUGUUUAUUUCCCCUCAGGCACAUACCUCGUUUCCAGCACAAUAUACGCUAUUUUUGGGACACAAAUGAUUGGAAAUCCGAAUGAUCCCCCUGUCAUACUAGGUGCACCCUCCUUUGUCGGACUCGGUGUGUUCUCGACCGACGAAUACGUUCCCAACGGCGGGACAGGGCCUGACGGGAACGCCAACGAAUGGUACAUCAACACGGUACGUUCUGCUAUCCGAAACUUCAAGUUCGACAUCACUCAGACUGACCCAGGUGCCUACAUCUGUGCGAUUCAUUACCAAGUAGCCCAGGCUACAAGCUUGUCCAACGUCGAGUUCAACGUCGGCGCUCCCCCGACCACUCAGCAGGCCAUUUUUGCCGAAAAUGGGAGUGGCGGCGUAAUGAGUGACUUGACGUUCAACGGUGGUAACUUUGGCAUCUAUGGCGGCAGCCAGCAAUUUACGGCCCAGCGGCUGAAGUUCAGAAACUGCGCAACCGCCGUGCAGCUCAUUUGGGACUGGGGCUGGACCUGGAAGAGCAUCGACAUCUCCGGUUGUACGACCGGAUUCAAGCUCGUCUCGGAGGACGGCACCCAUCACACGGGGUCCAUUCUGCUGUUGGAUUCAACAUUCACCAACACGGGGACUGCGAUCUUGACGUUUUCGGCCACCAAGGAGCUGGCUAAGGGAACUACUGGUAUUACGUUGGACAAUGUUGCUUUCGACAAUGUCCAGAGUCCAGUCGUGGACACUGAGGGCAAGGUGUACCUCCCGGCCAGCGUGGGCAGCGUCGACACAUGGGUUCUCGGGCCUAUCUAUUCGGACAGUCGAGUCAGGGGCGACUCCCUUUCUAUGACCUUCACUACCGACCGCGAGAAGUCCCUUCUUGGCUCUUCGCGCUCGGGUCUCCCAAAAUUGCCCUUCUUUGAGAGGGCAAGACCUCAAUAUGAAAACGAGGGAGCCGCUUCCUUUGUUCACAUGAAAGACUACGCCAAAGGUGACGGAUCUACUGAUGACACGGAGGCUUUCCAAAAGGCGCUCAACGACAACGCCGGUUCCAAGAUCAUCUUUGUGGAUGCGGGCUCCUACAUCCUCACCGAUACAAUCACGGUCCCAGCGGGCGCGAGAAUUGUGGGCGAGGCCUGGUCUCAACUCGUGGCCUUGGGAGACAACUUUGGUGAUGCUUCGAAUCCGCGCCCUCUUCUUCGAGUAGGAAAACGUGGCGACGUGGGGAGUGUAGAGAUACAGGAUCUCCUAUUCACUUCCAAGGGACCAACCCCCGGCACCGUGUUGGUAGAAUGGAAUAUCAAGGCCAGCUCACCUGGAGCUGCCGGCAUGUGGGAUAGUCACGUUCGUCUCGGUGGUGCUGAGGGCACCGAACUCACUUCAAAGCAAUGCCCUCCUUCCACCUCCGGGACCAACAGCGGUUGUAGCGUGGGAAGUCUGAUGAUGCAUAUCACCCCGGGCUCAUCUGCCCUGCUGGAUAACGUCUGGCUAUGGUUGGCGGACCGUGGUAUCGGCGGCCCGGGCUGGGAGGAUGGCACCAGCAACAUGGUACAAAUGUCUGUCUACGUGUCUCGCGGCCUGCUUGUGGAGAGCACCGAUGCAACAUGGCUCUAUGGAACGUCUUCCGAACACGCUGUCAUGUACCAAUACAACUUCUGGAAGGCUCGGAAUGUGUUUGCCGGUAUGAUCCAGUCGGAGUCGCCCUACUACCAGCCCACCCCCAAGCCACCGGCACCGUUUGCUGGCUCGGUCGGUAAGUUUGCCGGUGACUGGGAGUAUGACUGCCAGAACAGUGACGCUUCUGGAUGUGAUGCCUCAUGGGCUCUUCUCGUCCGAAACUCCACGGACAUUUUCAUCGCCGGCGCGGGCCUCUAUUCUUGGUUCACGACAUACACCCAGGACUGUGUCGAUAAAAUGAACUGCCAGCAGAGCUUGAUCCUCGUCGAGGACAACUUUGAACAUGUCCGGAUCCACAACCUCAUCACUGUCGGGGCGGUAAACAUGAUUGAGUCGGACGGCUACAAGAUCAAAUCGGCAGAUAACCUUGCUGUCGACUUUCAUCCUUAUUGGAGCCAGAUCUCUGUCUUCGAUCCGAUCCAGAACGAGCCGGAUGCCUGCGAAGGCCGACUGACGGAGCCUAACGGUGACGACCCGCAGCAGACAGAUGGCAGCUACCCUCCUGCUUUGCCCGUGGGGACUAAUCCGCCAGCACUGCCGAACAAAAAUUACCUCAGCAUUGUGAACGGAUCACCAUAUAAUUUCAAGCUUACCAGCACCCACACAAAUCAAAUGACGGGAUUUGAGUGGCAUGACAUUCCGGCCGGGGAGUCGAGGCAAAACAUGUUCGAAUACAGGGCAACGUCAUAUGCAGUUGACGACAAGGGCGAGGCUUACUACGAGAUCGAGGGCACCGGUAAGACGUUUGUUGUCCUGAUCCGAACUGACUACGACAACGACGGCGAUCAUUUCCUGGCCAAGCUUGACUACCGCGGUCUUUCAACAGACGACGCCGCCGAAGGAACGAUCUACUCCAUCUACACCUCGGGCGGUGGCCACGAUAUCGAGUGGUAUCAGAACCCUGACUGGCUCGCAAUCAGCCGCUGA